CGCCUCCUUAAAUCUCUGCCGUUAAAAUGUGGGCGGGUGUUUCAACUCAAAAAGCGCUCAAAUUUUUUUUCUUUUCAAAAAAAGCUGAUGAGGUUAAAAAAAAAAAAAAAAAAAAAAAAGAAGGGGGGAAAAAAAAAAAGGAGAGAGAAACCGGCUUCGUGUCCUUAGGAAACAGAAGUAGCGAUUGUUUGCGCUUAAAAAAAGGGGGAGCGCAAAGCCGCGGGCGGAGGCGGCGGCCGCGGACCGGCAAGUGCAGCUUUAUUUCGCGAAGUUGGAAGAGGAGGCGAGCGGGGCUGUCAGUGCGGCUGCGAGCGCGGCCGGGCCGGGGCAGCGGCGGCACCAGCGCGGCCCCUGCCCCCGCCAGGAGCUCUGCCCGCGCCCCGCGACCGCGGCGGGAGCAGCGGCUGUCCCGGGAAGCGCCCGGAGGAGCGCGGACAGCGGCGGCGGGACCCCAGCCGAGGGACGACGGCGGAGACGGCUCCGCGCCGCGGCUCCUCCACGCCCUGAGCGCGGGCGGCGGUUCGCGGCAGCCCCCCCGCGCCGCCCGCCGCCCUCCUGGAUGCUCCGGAGCCGCCGCCGCCGGGGGCGGCCGCCGGCCGGGAUCGCGCCCGCCCGCUGCGCGGAGGCUGCGCGGGGCCGCGGGAGUGAAGCUGCUGCUGCUGCUGCUGCUGCGGGGAGCGAGAGCACCGAGGGAGCGAGCUGGGCGCCGGGACAGCCGCCGCCGCCGCGCCCGGCCCUCCGCGGGCGCGGCUCGUCCUUCCCUUCCCUGCUGGGCCCGGACUAAGCCGACGGAGAGGGAUGAAGGGGGGGAUCCCGAGCGGGACUUGGAUGCACACUGCUACAGGAGACCUUUCCUCCGAGCUGCUGCUGCUAAGUUUCAGAAACCGGCUGUGAACAGGGUGAUGAAACUCGGGAACCCCGAAAUCGCCCGGCGGCUGCUCAGUAACGGGGCGAACCCCAACCUGAAAGACAGUACCGGCUUCGCUGUCAUCCACGAUGUAGCCAGGGAGGGCUUUCUGGACACUUUGCAGACUCUGCUGGAGUUCAAAGCCGAUGUUAACAUCGAGGACAACGACGGCAACCUGCCCUUGCACCUGGCGGCCCAGGAGGGGCACGUCCGGGUGGUGGAGCUGCUGCUGGCGCGCUCCGAGUGCAAGGUGGGCCACCAGAACAAGCGCGGCGCCACCGCCUACGACCUGGCCAAGCUCUACCGGAGGGCAGCCGUGGUGGAACUCCUGGAGGCCAGCAGCUCCUUCCCCCCCAGCAUGGACUGAACCCCGCCAGGACGGGCUCUCCUUUGGACCUGAGGGUGUGCAGACUUCUUGGGGUGUUUCCCUCCUUUUUAACAACAUGUGUUGCCGCAUUACAUUUUUUUUUUUCCCUUCUGAACAGCUGGUAGUGUAAGUCUCAAGAAAUUCCAGAGGUGGGUUUUUAGACAAUGGAAACGUUUUAAAUCCAUGCUCCCAGCGGUUUCCUGUACCUUUCACUUCACACAGUACUCCCAGGCUCAUCCGUGUGUAUGUUGGUUGCUCAUAUCUAGUUUUCCAGUAUCAACUUUUACAAUUUAUUUUAGGUCAUUCGUAUCAAGUCAUUAAUACGAGAGCUACUAUUCACUUGCUUAAUAUUGCUGGACUUUUAAGGAAAGGAAAUAGUUUACUGUGAUUUCUCCCACCUCUCAAUGCACCCCUCCCUUCUCCUCACUCCCCCCACCCCUUUCGGUCAGGCUCAAGAGUCUGAGGUCCUGUUUUAGAUAAAAACAUCCUUUAAAUAAGGGCUCACCUGCAGCCCCUGCACAGGCAGAGCUGGAAGUCAAAGGCUGCGUGGCCUGAGGACAGUGGAUGGCGCUUAGAUGCUUUAGGCAGUAACUGUAUUUUGUCACUAACAAAAGCUUGUAGAACUAGGUCACUUACUUUCUAAAUUUACAUGACACUUUUCCUCUUUGUGUAUUUAAACUUUCACCAAUCUGGUUUUGAAUUUAGUUACCAGAAACAGUAUAAGCGGUGUUUCUUCGAGUGCCAGAGGUUUUAAACAGCUCAGUUUAGUAGUUCGUGUUUACUGUGCACUGCAGAGGACGUUUUUUUCUUUCUAGUUUCAAAACAAGCAGCAGAGAACCAUUGUCAAAGAGGACACGAAAGCUGCAAUACAACACUUCUGGUCACUUCAUCUGCUGAUUGCAGUUUAGAUGUUCUCUAAGUAAUAUUUGCUUUCCACCAACUAUUCUGUUUUGUCUGGAAAUAAACUACUUCAAUGACAGCAUCUCACAAAACGAGAAUAUUUGAAUACGGUGACAUUUAGGAAGCAGCACUUUUGAUAUUUGUGAAGUUAAGUUAUUGCUUGCACCUAAAACACAAUUUAACCAUUGGAAAUUUUCUAUUGCAACAGAGUUGAGAGUAUUCACCAGACUGAAACUCAUUUGCCUCUCCAGCCCCAACAGGAGCUAACGAUGCUCAGCACCGUGUCGGGAAGAGUCUAUUAUGAAACUUUUAACAUUUGUACAGGAUCUACUUAUUGGGCAGAUGGACAGUUUAAAGUGCUUCAUUUUGAAUAGUCUACAUUUCAGUCGUGCAAAAUAGAAGGUUUUAAAUCAAUGCAAAAUGAAUACUACUUUAAAUAGCACUUAAAAGAGGAGAGGGAAUAAAUUUGUUUAGUUUUAACUUUUUUUUUUUUAAUUAGCCCCACAAAAUUAGUUACUACAUUUUCAAGUAAAAAAAAAAAUUGCUGAAUCUGUCUGUCACGUUUACUAUAAGCUCUGUCACACUGCUGUGUUCUGAUUAAAAACCUCUGUGAAAUAUGAAAAA